GGAGUUGUUGUCAGUUAUCGCAGUUAUCUUUUGCGAUAUGAUGUUGCUACAAACGUCAUUGUGUCGAAAUGAUAAUGUGCUUAAUAAUGCUUUUUGAUAUAUAAGUCUUAAUUGUCAGUCCUUUGUGUGAUACAAGCGAAAUACGAUACGUUAAACCAGCAAGAUGCUUUUACAUAUCACGUUCGUGGUCUUAUCUUUCUUCUCUAUUGCGUUUGCUACUGUGAUACAUUAUCGGCCAGAAGCUGUACAUCUUUCCUAUGGUGACACCAUUCAUGACAUUGUUGUCACUUGGAGCACAAGAAAUGAUACAAAGGAAUCAAUAGUUGAGUAUGGUAUAGGUGGGUUUAUUCUACGAGCCAAAGGAAAUUCUACUCUUUUUGUUGAUGGUGGAAAAGAAAAACAGAAACAAUACAUCCACAGAGUGUGGCUAAAAAAUUUAACACCCAACAGCAAAUACAUAUAUCAUUGUGGUAGCAGUUAUGGGUGGUCAAAUGUAUUUUAUAUGAAAACCGCACCGGAGGAUUCCACAGAUUGGUCACCACAAAUAGUUAUUUUUGGUGAUAUGGGUAACGAGAACGCACAGAGUUUGUCACGGCUACAAGAUGAAACGGAGCGUGGUUUAUAUGAUACUGCCAUUCACGUUGGUGAUUUUGCUUAUGACAUGAACACAGAUGAUGCGCGUGUAGGAGAUGAGUUUAUGCGGCAAAUUGAAUCCGUUGCCGCUUAUAUACCAUAUAUGACUGUACCUGGCAAUCAUGAAGAAAAAUAUAAUUUUAGCAAUUAUAGAGCUCGAUUUACUAUGCCUGGUGACUCAGAAGGCUUGUGGUAUAGUUUUAAUUUAGGACCUGUACAUUUUGUAGCUAUAGAAACUGAAGCUUAUUAUUUUAUGAAUUAUGGUAUAAAACAAAUGGUUAAACAAUACGAAUGGCUGGAUAAAGAUCUACGAGAAGCUAAUAAACCUGAAGCAAGAGCUCAACGUCCAUGGAUAGUAACAUUUGGACAUAGGCCAAUGUACUGCAGCAAUAAAAAUGCAGAUGAUUGUACUAAUCAUCAGAGUCUAGUUAGAGUUGGAUUGCCAUUUUUUAAUUGGUUUGGAUUAGAGGAUCUAUUUUUUAAACAUAAAGUAGAUUUAGAAAUUUGGGCGCACGAACAUAGUUACGAAAGAAUGUGGCCCAUGUAUAAUUUUCAAGUAUACAAUGGUAGUUACGAAGAGCCAUAUAGAAAUUAUAAAGCACCGGUACAUAUAGUUACUGGAUCAGCUGGUUGCAAGGAAGGUCGAGAGGAAUUUAUUCCAAAUCUACCACCAUGGUCAGCAUUCCAUAGCUCGGAUUAUGGAUAUACAAGGAUGAAAGUGUUCAAUAGGACUCAUUUGUAUCUAGAACAGGUAUCCGAUGAUAAAGAGGGUGCAGUUUUAGACAGAGUUUGGCUCGUAAAAGAGAAUCCUUUGCCACAGUAUGUAGAAGCUUCUUCUAUAAAUUAAUAAAAAUUUAAUUUUAAUUGACGCAAUACUAUAAACCGACAUAACAAAAUAUAGCAAAAUAAAAAAUAUUUAGACAAAGACAUUUAUCAAACUAUAUUGUUAAUAAAAAGUAAAUAAGAAAUUUUUUACUUCGGCUGUGUAUUAUACGUAUAAUUAUGUAAUUAUAAUUCGAAUUUGGUACACAUUUUACGUAGCUGAACAUACUACGGUCGAAAUGUAUACAUGAACAAUGUAUGAUAUUCGUAUGAGCGAGUAAAAAAUUAGUAAAUGCAAAAAA